GAAUAAAUGCAAAAAGUGCCGAAUUCUUCAUCUGAUUUCAGAUACUGGAACAAAAAAUAAGAUAGCAAUCACAAAGGGAAUUACAUAAUGCUUACAGAGAAGCUAAAUGAUGAAAUAAUAGAUAUAUUUAGUCUACAUUUACCUAGUGGUGUCAUACCUAUGAAGAGAGGAUUGAAUGUAUAGACAAUGAGAAUGGAAGCAAAAAGAUUGGAAGUGAACAGUCUAGUACUAUGGACAGAGCAUGCUCAGACACAGGAUUUGGUCUCAGGUGCCAUGAUUUCAGGUCAAGUCACUCAUCUAGCCUUUCUGAAGUCAUGGUCUGAGUUAAGAAUGUAAUAAAGCUAGCCUGUCUAAAAUCUCAAAUUUGUUGAGAGAGCCAAUGAGAUCAUAUGAGAGGUUCUUUGUAAUUUAAAUUGUUCUUUAGGUUUGAGGUAAUGGCAUUUUCAAAGGAUGGAUUGUGCCCAUUGAAUUUGGAAUACUUUUUUUUAACUGAGGAAAUAGCAUAUAAAGUGGUUUAUGUUCUGACAGUUGAAGAAAAGAGAUUGAGUUAUAGAUUUGCAUAUAUCAAUAUAUUUGUUUUACUGUUUAUUUUAGAAGGAGAGAUCAGACCUGAAAUGAAGGCGAAUCCACCAAAGAUGAGCUUUCCUGUGGAAGAAAUGGACCUACAAAGAUUCAUGAGCAAUGAUCCGAAUAACUUUUCUUUCAAAGAAUUCAGUGUUCAGCCUUCAAAUUCAUCUCAUAUUGAACAUCAAAGACUGCACACCAAUGAAAAAUCUAGUGAAAGCAAUCAAUGUGGAAAGACUUUUAUUCACAGGCCCAGUCUUGCUGGAAAUCAGAGGAUCCAUCCUGGGGAGAAACCUUAUGAACUCAAGCAGUGUGGAAAGAAGUUCAGUCAGAGCUUUGCUCUUGUUGUUCAUGAGAGGAUCCACACUGUGGAGAAACCUUAUGAAUGCAAGCAAUGUGGAAAGCCAUUCAGAUACAUCUCCAGUCUUGAUGGACAUCAGAGGACCCACACUGGGGAGAAACCUUAUGAAUGCAAGCAGUGUGGAAAGACAUUCUGUCAGAGCUCUGCUCUUGCUAGUCAUCAGAGGAUCCACACUGGGGAGAAACCCUAUGAAUGCAAGCAGUGUGAAAAGACAUUCCGUCAGAGCUCCAGUCUUGCUAUACAUCGAAGAAUCCACACUGGGGAGAAGCCUUAUGAAUGCAAGAAGUGUGGAAAGACAUUCACAGACAAAUCCAAUCUUUCGAAACAUCAGAGAACCCACACUGGGGAGAAACUUUAUGAAUGCAAACAAUGUGUAGAGACAUUCAGUUGUACCACCAAACUUGCUGCACAUCAGAGAAUCCACACUGGGGAGAAGCCUUAUGAAUGCAUGCAAUGUGGAAAGACAUUCAGUUUCAGCUCCAGUCUUGCUAGACACCAGAGAAUCCACAUUGGGGAGAAACUUUAUGAAUGCAAGCAAUGUGGAAAGACAUUCAGAUAUAUCUCUAGUCUUGCUGGACAUCAGAGGAUCCACACUGGGGAGAAACCCUAUGAAUGCAUGCAAUGCAGAAAGACAUUCAGUUUCAGCUCUAGUCUUGCUAGACAUCAGAUAAUCCACACUGGGGAGAAACCUUUUGAAUGCAAGCAGUGUGGAAAGACAUUCGGAUAUUUCUCCAGUCUUGCUGGACAUCAGAGGAUUCACACUGGGGACAAACCUUAUGAAUGCAUGCAGUGUGGAAAGACAUUCAGUUUUAGCUCUGGUCUUGCUAUACAUCAGAGAAUCCACACUGGGGAGAAACCCCAUCAAUGCAAGCAGUGUGGAAAGACAUUCAGUUGUACCCCCAAACUUGCUGCACAUCAGAGAAUCCACACUGGGGAGAAGCCUUAUGAAUGCAUGCAAUGCAGAAAGACAUUCCGUUUGAGCUCCAGUCUUGCUAUACAUCAGAGAAUCCACACUGGGGAGAAGCCUUAUGAGUGCAAGCAGUGUGGAAAGACAUUCAGUUUCAGCUCCAGUCUUGCUAUACAUCAAAGAAUCCACACUGGGGAGAAGCCUUAUGAAUGCAUACAGUGUGGAAAGACAUUCAGUUUCAGCUCCAGUCUUGCUAUACAUCAGAGAAUCCACACUGGGGAGAAGCCUUAUGAAUGUAAAAAGUGUGGAAAGACAUUUACAGAAAAAUCCACUCUUUCUAAACAUCAGAGAACCCACACAGGGGAGAAACUUUUAAAAUGCAAACAGUGUGGAAAAGACAUUCAGGCAGAGUUCUGCUUUUACUGUUCAUCAGAGGAUCCACACUGGGGAAAAACCCUAUGAAUGCUAGCAGUGUGGAAAGACAUUCAAUUAUACCCCCUAACUUGCUACACAUCAGAUGAUCCACACUGGGGAGAAGCCUAAUGAAUGUGAGAAACCCAAUAUUUCUAAACAUCAGAGAACAUACACGAGAAACCAUCUAUGAAUGCAAGAAGUGUGUAAAGACAUUCCAUCAGAGUUCUAUUCUUGCUAUACAUCAGAGAAUCUACACUGGGGAGAAAUCCUAUGAAUGCAAGCAGUGUGGAGAGACAUUCAGUUACAUCACCAAACUUGCUGCACAUCAGAGGUUCCACACUGGGGAGAAACCUCAUGAAUGCAAGAAGUGUGGAAAAGCAUUCAGCCAAAGCUUCUAUCUUGCUGCACAUCAGAGAAUCCACAUUGUGGAGGAACCUUAGGAAUACAAGCUACAUGAAAAGAUGUUCAUAUAAACUUCCCCUUUUGGGGGCAACAUACCUGACAUGAGCCUGGACUUGACUCAGAGCCAAGAAUUAUGUGAUGGAAACCAUUGAGUGAGGAUAAAAUGGCAGCAGGAAAAAGGCAGCAGUAGUAUAUAGGGAUCCCUCUCUUAUUCAAAUGAAGUAAAUGCUUCUUUGUUAUCUGUGAUGCCUUGAGCAUGGGCAAACAGGAUAGCCUGUUUCAAUUCAGAAAUAGCUGACAUGUUCCAUUUCUAAACUAAGUGAUUUAGUGACUGACUUUUUUUCUCAGUGCUAUAAGAGGUUUAGUAAUUUCCCCAUAGAUAGGAAUCCACUGUAUAUAAAAGCCUUUUGCUCCAAGAAUUGCCCUACAUUGUUUCUUAGUGGAAGGUGUGCUUAAUUUUUUAAUAUUUUCAGUGAGCUCAGGGGGAAUUGAAUUGGCACCAGUAGUUGAAGCCUAAAUACUCCACUUUGGGGAGACACCACUUAUCUUUUGCAUUUGAGAUCUUGUGUGCCCUUAUAUAGGUCCAAAAUAUGUUUGUCAUUUUCUUGGCAUGCUUUAGCAUUUGACAAGGCCAAGACUAAAUCUACAGAAUGUAUCGAGUGACUCACUUUAAAUUCAAUAUUUUUGAAAUAUGUUAAAUAUGGGAAAACUAAGUGGGACUUUCAAAACAUCCUAAGGGAAAAUGACACCACAUUCCUUUGGGACAUUUCCAGGUGAAGGCAAAUGUUUCUGUAAUCUUUAUGAAUGGUUAUUGGAAAAAAUGCUAAAUAUAAACCCACUACUGUAAAAUGUGAGGCAGUGCUGGUAAUACAGGAGAUAAUUGUGGAUGGAUUUAAAACCUCUGGGUGUCUUGGUUAUCUUACAAUCCUUAAGUUUUCUUCAAAUUAAUAGGUUUUUCAUUUACAUCUAAUUUUGAAUUGUUAACAGUUAAGAUAGAUAUGUUCAGAUUCACAUAAAAUUAUUUUU